AUGGUUGCGACGUGCUUCUUUGUUUUCAUGUCCAACUACAUCACCGCGAGUAUCUCACCCAUUCUUGUCCCAAUCAUUGUCGAGUUCGAUAUCAGCGUGACAAAGGCCACGUACCUGAUCACCUGCAACAUUCUGACUUUGGGUUUGGGGAAUUUGUUCUGGGUGCCACUGGCACAGAAGAUUGGAAAACGGCCAGUGCUGGUAAUCUGCGCCGCGGUCUUCUUCGAACCAGCCAUCUGGUCUGCCAAAGCAAGCUCCUGGGGCUCCUUGUUGGGAGCACGGAUCGUCCAAGGCUGGGGAGCAAGCUGUUCAGAAGCGCUUGGGGUGGCAAUCGUACGUUACGAUUCCCAAGCUGAGAGCGACACCUCUUUGACCUGCUCUAGCCUCAUGAUUGCGGGUGGUUCAGCCAUUGGAGGCAUCUUCGCCGGGUUGAUCGGUCACUACAACACGGACUGGAGAUGGGUCUUCUGGAUGGACGCCAUUCUUACUGGAGUCUGUCUGCUCCUUACAGUCAUCUUCCAGGCCGAAACAAAUUUCAGCCGACCCCUUGUAAGCGAGGUUGGCGAGGGCAUGGAAGUGUCGCAGUUUGCUGAGCUCAGAUCUCAACUUCGAGGUAGUUGGACUAAAGGUCUGGGCAUGACCGGUUGGUACGAUAGAGAUACAUCUAUUUGGCAUUUGUGGUUGCGACCACUUCUCUUGCUCCAGUUUCCGGCUGUCGUCUGGGCUUCCAUCACCUACGGAAUCACCCUGGGCUGGGUCGUUCUCCAGCAAACGGCGAACGCCACCGCCUUCCCCGAGGUCUACGGUUUUACUGAGUUUGGAGUGGGAAACCUCAAUAUUUCGUAUCUAAUCGGUGCCAUCCUUGGCUGUGCUUUUGGCGGUCCGGCCAGUGACUGGGUCGUCCACUGGAUCACCAAGCGCCGGAAAGGCUAUUUCGAACCCGAGUUCCGCCUCUGGUUGAUUAUCCCAUCGGCCAUCCUUGGGCCUGUUGGUCUUCUGAUGUGGGGCUGCGGCCUUGGAAAUCAUCUGGAUCCCUAUAUCGCCAUCGUCGGCUCGGGCAUCACGUACGGUGUCCUGUGUGCGGUUCCGGCAGUAGGCAUGACAUACGUCGUCGACUGUUACAAGCCUUUGAGCGGAGAAUCGAUCACUGUUUUGACUGCGUUCAAGAACACAUUCGCUUUUGCCGUCAGCUUCGCCGUGAACCCUUGGCUCACACGCGAUGGGUAUGCAAAGGUCUCGGGGUAUAUGGUAUUGAUCGAGGGCUUGCUUUUCCUGACCACGAUUCCCAUGUACAUUUACGGCGCGAGAGCCAGGAGAUGGACUGCCAAGCUGGUCACUUAG